AUGCUUCUCGUCAUCAGCCUGAUUCUUCUCAUCUUGUUCAUAUUCUACCACGUCUACUGGAAGCGACGAUAUCUGCCGCCAGGACCCGUUCCACUGCCAUUUUUGGGCAACAUCAUUCAAUUGUAUCGCGUUCUUCCCGGCUAUGAGGCUUUCCUCGAAUGCAAAAGGACCUAUGGUGACGUUUUCACGUUCUGGAUCGGAGGCAAUCCCUAUAUCAUCAUUGCGAGUCUUGAUCUGAUGAAGGAGACGUUCGUGAAGGACGGCGACGCCUAUGCGGAGAAGUCGCAGCACGAGCUUCAACUUAAAAUGAGAGGUGGGUCAUACGGAAUCAUUGACACGAACGGCCAUCUAUGGAGAGAGCAUCGACGAUUCGCGCUAACCACUCUAAGGGACUUCGGACUCGGCAAAGCUGUCAUGCAGGAGAAGAUUCUUCUGGAAAUUCGAGAAAGCUUCAAAAACCUCCAACAACUUCAAGGACAAGAAGUUGAAGUCACAGAAUAUUUGGACCGAUCUGUUGGAAAUGUCAUCAAUCUCGUCCUUUUUGGAUAUCGGUUUGAAGGGGAAAAAGCUUGGGAGCUCGAUCAUAUGAAGGGUCUCAUCAAUUAUCAAACCGAGACAUUCUCGAAGUUCUCAAUUCUCCUUCAAAGCUACAUCCCGAUUCUACGACAUCUGAUGCCAAGACCAAAUAUCAAUGACAAAAUCGACGAGUUCAAGCAGAAAUUCUACGAGUUUUUCAAUAGGCAAAUAAUGGAGCACAAGGAGAACAUCGACUACGAUGCCGUUGAUAAUGCCGAUUUUGUUGAAGCUUAUUUAAAGGAGCAGAGGAAACGAGAACGUGAUGGCGACGCUGUCACAUUCUGCGACCUCCAACUCUCGAAUGUGAUUCUUGAUCUCUGGUUCGCGGGUCUCGUCACGACAACUCAUACCCUCUCAUGGGCGAUCACUUAUGCUCUCAAUUAUCCGGAAACUAUUGAAAAGGUGCAACGCGAGCUGGACGAGGUGAUUUCGAGCAACCGACUCAUUACCACCAGCGAUAAAAACGAAUUGCCAUAUUUGAGCGCAUUUAUUAACGAAACCCAAAGAUGCGCCAACAUCCUUCCGAUCAAUGUUCUUCACCGAACCGCACGAGACACCGUCAUUCGUGGAUAUCCGAUCAAGCAGAGUACGGGCGUAAUUGCCCAAAUUAGCACGGUUAUGCUCGAUGAGAAAGUGUUCCCGGAGCCGUAUCAAUUCAAUCCCGACCGAUUCAUCGAAAAUGGAAAACUGAAGAGAAUCGAGGAGUUGAUUCCAUUCUCGAUCGGAAAACGCCAAUGCCUCGGCGAGGGUCUCGCACGGAUGGAGUUGUUCCUGUUCCUCGCCAACUUUUUCAAUCAGUUCAAGAUAUGCCCGUCAAGCGAAGGAUUGCCAUCGAUGUCGAAGAAUCACGAUUUCUCGAUGAAGCCGAAAUCGUUCAAAGUCGUCCUUCACAGCCGAUUUUUGUGA